AGGGACUUCCUUCUUUGGUUUUUGGACACGCAUCAACUCCUGCCCUGCGUGACUUAACCUCAGCCUCCCUGACUGCCCCAGUGCUCCAGGCUCUACUCCAAGGAUCCAGUUCUCUGUCUGGAGCCUGCAAAGAAGACACACGAAGGGCAGAUGAACAGGAGAAAGAACUACAUCUACAACUAGCCUUCUGUUUACAUUUCCUGAGGAAUGAGGCAGCAGAUCACAGCUCCUCAACUCCAUCUAGGAUGCGGUGUCAGGAUCUCUACCAGUUCGGUCAGAAGCUGGUCCGCAGGCGGCCCCUGGAGCCCACUGAGGAUUCUGAGAGUCCCACGGCUCCUCUGAGCAUCCUGAAGCUGGUGGCCUUUGGUGUGGCCAGCACCCUGGGGGCUGGUGUAUACAUCCUGGUGGGAGAAGUGGCCAUGUUCAUUGCUGGACCAGCGAUCAUCAUCUCCUUCUUGGUGGCAGCCCUGUCUUCUGCAUUGUCUGGGCUCUGCUAUGCCGAAUUUGGGACACAGGUCUCAUGGACUGGUUCUGCAUAUCUCUACAGCUACAUCACCAUGGGAGAAUUGUGGGCAUUCAUCACUGCCUGGAACCUCAUACUGUCCUAUGUUGUUGUCACAGGCAGUGUGGCCAGGGCCUGGAGCAUCGCCUUCGACAGCCUGAUUGGGAACCACAUCUUUCAGGCCUUAGAGGGAACUUUCUCUCCAUAUAUGCCCUACUACCUGGCCAACUAUCCAGACUUUGUUGCUUUGUCCCUGGUGCUGUUGCUCACAGGAUUACUGGUUCUGGGAGCUCUUGAGUCAACCUUGAUUUACAAAGUGUUCACAGGCAUCAGCAUUUUGGUUCUCAGCUUCAUCAUCAUCUCUGGCUUCAUUAAGGGAGACCUGCACAACUGGGAGCUCACGGAACAGGACUACACAUUAAACACAUCUGAAUCCAGUGGCACCUCUAGGUUGGGUCCUCUGGGUUCUGGAGGGUUUGCACCUUUUGGCUUUGAUGGAAUUCUCCAGGGAGCAGCUAUGUGUUUCUACAUGUUUAUUGGUUUUGAUGCCAUUGUCACUAAAGGGGAAGAAGCCCUAAAUCCUCAAUGGUCCAUCCCCAUGAGCACCAUGAUCACGAUCAUCAUCUGCUUUUUGGCAUGCUUUGGUGUCGCAGCGGCACUCACUCUCAUGGUGCCCUACUACAAGAUUCAUCCUGACAGCCCCUUGCCACAGGCUUUACUCCAUGUUGGGUGGGGCCCUGCCAGAUAUGUCGUGGCUGUUGGCACCCUCUGUGCUCUUACAUCCAGUCUCCUCAGUGAUAUGUUCCCCAUGCCUUGGGUGAUGUAUGUGAUGGCAGAGGAUGGACUCCUUUUUCGGGGACUUGCCCAGAUCCAUGCACACACAGGCACCCCUGUCAUGGCCAUCAGGUCUUCUGGAACCCUUGCAGGUGAAUAAACAAAACCCACCCCUUGUUUGAUCAUUUCCUUACCUUUGAUAUUUCUGGCUGUUUCUCACUCCCUUCCCUGCCUUCUCUGUGCCCUCAUCCUAGCGGUCAUGGCGUUAACCCUCAAAGAACAACCAAAACAAAAAUUCAACAAAAAAGAAAAAACAGGAGAAAAAAGAGAGAAAAACCAAAAAGGAAAAAAAAAAAACUGUUCAGAACCUGUCUCUGAAGCAGGAAACUCAAACAUUCUGAAGAGUCUGUGGUUCCCUACCAGCACCAUCCCCACCCAGAAAUCUGGCCAGAUUGUGUAUGCAUGUGCCUUCUUGCUUGUUCUCCUGCUGACCAUCCUGAGCCUGAUCCUGGCCCAGUGGCCCAGACAUGUGUUCUCUGGAGACCCCAUGCUCACAGCGGUGACUGUGCUGCUGCUGCUGCUCAUCACUGGGGCCACGGUCAUCAUCUGGAGGCAGCCCCAGGACCCCACUCCUCUUCCAUCCAGGGUCCCUGCUCUGCCUGUCCUCCCACUGGUGAGCAUCUUUCUGAACCUUUACCUGGUGAUGCAGAUGACUUCUGGGUCCUGGAUCCAAUUCGGUGUCUGGAAUGCCAUUGGAUUUGCCAUAUACUUUGACUAUGGGAUCUGACAUAGCCUGGAGCAGAACUAG